AUGAACUACAACAUACAAAGUGCUGUACCGGGUACAACACAAUUCAGAACACACAGACAGAGGUAUACGUACCUGGGAGUAGAGAUUUCGAAGGAGUGCUCAUGGGACGCACUCAUAGCAAAGUUGAUUGGGAAGGGUAAAGCUCAGAUAGGCAAGAUGGACGAGAUCCUUACGGACCCACACCUAGACACUAGGAUUAAGAGGUGUGUUCUCUUGAAUGUGAUUGUACCUAAGCUAGAGUAUGCAGGAGAGGUAUGGGAAGGAUGUUCAAGUACAACGAGCAACACUGUAUUGAGAGCAGAACUGGGAAUGUACUCUCUUAAAACAAAGAGAGACAUGCAAAAGUUGAAUUGGCAGUACAAGUUAAGUAGAAUGUCGGACGAUAGACUACCAGCCAUGGUUGACAAGGCAGCCUGGGGAAAAGCGACUCCAGGGAAGAAAGGAAUCAGAUGGGACAAGGUGGUAGAGAGGGUUUGGAAGGAGAUAGGAGACGAGGAGGAGACAUUGGACACGAAAGGGUUUGGGGGGUUCAAGAAGAAAGUCAAGGAAAUGCUAGAAAGUAGGGAGGAGGCAACCCUUCGGAAGAAGGUACGAAGCGAAGACCACUUGGAGACAUACGGGAAGUUGAAAGAAGGGAUAGGGAUGAAGAGCGAUCUGGACUUGCCAGAACGGAGGAAGAGGUACAGCAGCCGUAGGAGAGAGGAAGAGGAGGAUAGACAGACAUGUCCAUGUGGCAAAUCGGGGGAGAGUAGACCCCAAAUAGUUAGGGAGUGUGAGCUGUACAGGAAGGAAAGAGAGGAUCUCGAGGAGGACAUGAGACAGAGAGGGUGUGACAUGGACAAGUUUGGUAAAUUAGACAACAGCGAAAAAACGAUCGCGGUACUUGGGGAUAGAUGGUGGGCCUACGAGGCCGUAGAGGACGGGGAUAAGAUGUGCAAGAAUUUUUUAUGUAGUUUGUGGCAGAAACGUAAAGAGCUCCCAAAUGUUGGUGGUGUCUCUAGUAGGGGUAGGAACGGUGCUCCGUCUCGAAAGGGACG